AUCAGCUAACCGUGAUUUAAACUGUACAUCGGACAGGCUUUGGCUGCUACUACAUAAUAUACACGUUAGUUAUUAAGUUUGUGUUCGAUCGCGUUACAAAACUUUAUGGUGCGAUAUGUGUAUAUAAAAUAAAUGAAAGAAGUUGCGAACGCCAAUUUGUGCAUUUUACGUCGGACAUUAGAACCUGACGGUUCCCGGAAAAAAAACUUUAUUUCAUUUAUUUUAAUAACAGUAUUUCACGUGAAGGGUCUUGGUACCUACUUGAUAUUUCAUUAAUUCGUCAGUGCGUUGUAGUGUGGGGCUAAACGAAACCAAUUCGGGCAGUAUUUUUUUUUGUGUGGAUGCUGCAUUUUAAUUGCCAGGAUGACCAUUGAAAAAAUGACAGAAGAGGUACAGACCGCCAUGGCCUCCAAGGUGGAACUUCUUGUCAAGGCCGUACGAAUGUACUGGCGGGCCAUUUUCGUGACAAUUUUCCCGUUCGUCAUCAUGCCAGUAUUCCUUUGCAAUAACACCCCUGCUAUGCGAUGUUUAUACGUUGUGCUCCUUAUGGCAGGGUUGUGGGUUACCGAGGCCCUACCCUUACCCGUAACUGCCCUUAUACCUAUGGUUCUGUUCCCUUUGAUGGGAGUACUGGAUUCCGACAAGACGUCCCUAUGUUAUCUCAAAGAGACGAACAUGAUGUUCGUCGGCGGUCUGAUAAUAGCAAUUGCAGUCGAAUAUUGUAAUCUACAUAGGAGAGUGGCGCUGUCGGUGAUUCUUUUGGUCGGCUGCAGUCCGAAAAAGUUGAACUUCGGCCUGUGCAUGGUGACCAUGUUCGUCUCUAUGUGGAUAUCUAACACGGCUGCUACGGCUAUGAUGUGUCCCAUUGUGGAAGCAGCUCUGAAGGAGCUGGAAUCUCAGGGAAUCGGCGAUAUGUACGAGAGACCGACGAAAAAGGAGGACGAUUUGGGCGAAGCUGGUGAAGCAUUGAACAAGGUCGCAGAAAACGGCAAAGGUGCGGUCAAACCAGAAGAACCGUUGAGACCCAGCAGAACGACAAUCUGUUACUUUCUGACAGCCGCUUAUGCAUCCAGUAUAGGAGGAAUGGGAACCGUAGUGGGAAGUGGGACCAACUUGACAUUUAAAGGUAUUUAUGAAACACUGUUUCCCGACAGUCCCGGAAUCGAAUUCACUUCCUGGUUGUUUUUCAAUGCUCCCGUAAUGCUAAUUACUAUGCUUCUGACAUGGUUGUGGCUACAAAUCCUUUUUAUGGGCUUGUUCCGUCCUAAUUCUGAAGACGCCAAAAGAACCAAAUUGGGCAAGGAAGGAGAAAGGGUGGCCCGAAAACUUAUCAAACAGAAAAUCGACGAAUUGGGUCCUAUAUCGUUUCACGAAGCUGCUGUGGGUACCAUUUUCGUGGCUGCCGUUCUCUUAUGGUUCUUCAGGAAGCCACAAUUUAUUCCAGGAUGGGCAGAAAUGAUAACUGACUUGAAGGUACCUACUUAUUCAAUACGUAUAUUUUUUUAUAUACUAAUAGUUGNUAAUGUGGCUGUGGCCAACGUUAUUUUACCCGUUUUGGCCGAAAUGUCGAAGAAUGCCAAGUGGCAUCCGCUUUAUUUAAUGAUGCCGGCAGCUCUAAGUUGUAGUCAUGCCUUCUGUUUACCUGUGGGCACUCCCCCAAAUGCAAUCGCUGCUGCUCCUUGUAAUAUGCCCACUAAAGAAAUGGUUAAAGCUGGUAUUGGGGUGUCUAUUAUUGCACUUGUUGUACUUUUUAUUAUGUUCCCCACCCUGGGAGCUGUUAUUUAUUCUCUUAACGAAUUCCCCGAAUGGGCAAUGAAUUAAUAAUCAGGUUCUUGUACCUGGCAAAGUAAAUUUGGUGCUCAAAAGAAUGAACCGACGAAGAAUUAAUAGUAUUAGAUUUAAUCGAUGGUUGAAUAGUUUUGUUAACAAUUUAUUUUUGGAUACAUAACAUGUAAUAACGUUGGCACUCAAUACUUGUUCAUUUUUUAAAUUGUUAGAAGAAGCCUUAGUUUAAUUGUACCCUAAUGGAAUUUUAGUCAACGGACAAAGUAUCGCCAAGACAAUACUGCAUGUCAAACACUGCUAUAAUAGUACAGGAUAUUGCUUUUACUACUUCAGGAACUCAAUUUGUAAAUAUUUAUUUUUUUAAUGGGAUAUUUCUAAUCUGACUAUGGAAGACUGAAUAAAAUAAUUUUAAUAACACUCGA